AUGUCUUCCAACGAGCUCAGACAACAACUGCCCUCCAUAAAGACAACAAAUCUAGAGGAGAACGCAACAGGCGCCAUCUAUCAAGUCAUCAAAGAAUUCAAUGCUAGAUUAGAAGACGAGCUUACUUUAAAAGUCGGUGACAAGAUUGAAGUCAUCUCAGAUGAUAAAGAGUAUAAUGAUGGUUGGUAUAUGGGGAAAUCUCUAAGUACAGGGUCUGUUGGUUUAUAUCCAAAAUCCUUCACACAACUAAUCCCAAGUUUAUCAAGACCAACGUUAUUAAGAUCAAGAUCCAGAAGAAUAGCUAGUCCAAACUCAAACAAUCAGUCACCUGUUUCACUUCCAACAUCAAGUGCUGCUAACACUCCAGCUACAGUUAAAACGCAACGUCAGUUUAUUCCAGAAGAGGCGACUGAAACAACAAAGGAAACAAUAGACCAUAAAAAACCAAACUCUGUAACAAGAGCAUUAUCUGAUAUUGACAAGGCAUUAGAAGAAUUAAGAAGUGAAGCUUCGCCGAAUCCAAACAAUGAUGUCAAUAGCAGUGGGUUUGGUGCUGGUGCAAAUGGCAAAGAUAAACAUAGAUCAUUUAGUAUCCAAUCUGAAGAUUCUUUAAACCCUGAGUUAGUGGAAUCCUGGUCUCCUGAACAAGUUACUGCUUAUUUUUCAUAUCUGGGCUUUGACGUGAACUCUGCAGGUCAAUUUGCAAGACAUAAAAUUACAGGUGCUAUUUUGUUGGAAUUGGAGUUGGCAUACUUGAAAGAAUUGGAUAUUUCAUCAUUUGGAACAAGAUUUGAGAUGUUUAAAGAGAUUGAAGCUUUGAAAGAGCUGGCUAAACAAAAAGAAAUAGAUCAAAGUUCGGCUGAAGAUAGUCCUUAUAGAUUGUUAGCCCCUGCAGAAUUGCACAGUUCCAGAAAUGUGUCAAAAACCAAUCAAUUAGAUGAUGACUAUGAUGUAUUCACUCGUCCACUGGGUCAUGCAAGAAAGAAAUCACAAUCGUUAGAUGAUAUCCCAGAAGUCACUAGACAACAGCAGCAGCAAGAUAAUCGUCAUCCACUAAGACCACUAUCUGUUCAUCCUCCGUCAUCACAGGUUCCAGAUCUUCCAGUUAUUCAACAACAAUUCGCAUCUCCAAGAAGAGCACCAAAUCCACCUUCAUACCCAAGUCCAAUACAAUUGAAAGAAGAUAACAACUCCAACCAUUUGACACCAACUGUGAACAGAACAAGUAGAAACUCAUACAUUGAGUUGAGUCAUUCAAGAAAACCUUCUUAUGAAGUCAAUACUGCUUAUCAAGUACCAAGAAGUGGAAACCAUUCAAGAAAUAACUCAGCAAACUUUAAGAGUCAAUCAGUUAGUGAUUUGUUAAGCACUACACAUCUUGAUAAUGGUCGUCCAGCUUCAAGCAUAUAUAUGCCAGAACCUCAACAUUCAAGAACUUCAAGUGCCAAUUUCAGAAGAGGUCAUAUCAGAGGUGCUUCUGACAUCAGUGUUGCUAAUUCAACAAAAGCUUCCAAGGAAGAACGUGCGCACCGUCGUCAUUCGUCUGUUUUUUCAUUCUUAUCAAAUGCUAAUUUCAAUAAUGGAGGUUCUAUUUCUCCAACAAGAAAAUCACCUACAAGAAGAAACUCAGUCAUCAACACUGAUGGUGCAGUGAGUCCAUCAAGAAAUGGAUUCCGUUCUCAAGACGCUCAAAUGACUCCUCAACUACAAAGUACACCACAGUUACAAGCUCCAGAUAAGAAAAGAAGAUCUGUGUCAGCAAAAGAGGCUGAUAAGGAGGAAUCACCUGCCAAAUCACCAGCUGGUAAAAGAUCUGUUUCAGAAGCUGUCAGAGCUAAAACUCUACGUAAUAUUUCCUCAUCAACAACUUUGAGAUCAAGAAAUACUAAAAAGGAUACAUCUGCUUUCAUGGAAGGUAUAAGGAACACCAAUCCAGCUGAUUCUAUAAAGACUGCUGAUUGUUUUGGUUGGAUGAGUAAAAGAGGUGGUAUUGCCGUCGGUACAUGGAAACAAAGAUAUUUCACCUUACAUGGUACAAGAUUAUCAUAUUUUACAUCAUUAAGUGAUACUAGAGAACGUGGGUUGAUUGAUAUAACUUCUCAUAAAGUUUUACCUGCUAAGGAUGAUGAUAAGUUUGUGUCAUUGUAUGCUGCUAGUACUGGGCAUGGUAAAUUCUGUUUCAAAUUGGUUCCUCCAGCUCCAGGUUCAAGAAAAGGUUUAACUUUUACUCAACCAAAAAUUCAUUAUUUUGCUGUUGAAUCUAAAGAAGAAAUGAGAACAUGGAUGGCUGCUCUUAUAAAAGCGACUAUCGAUAUUGAUGAAUCAGUUCCAAUUUUGAGUUCGUGUGCAACACCUACUGUUUCGUUACAAAAAGCUCAAGCCUUAUUGGUUCAAGCCAGAGAAAAUGCUAAAAAGAGAGAGGAUGCUUAUAGGCAAACUCAAGAACAAUUGAACCAACCACAACAUCAAGCAGGAAAAUUGGCACCAAAUGGUUCAUUGAAUGAUGUUUCGGGUACUUCAUCUAUUUCACCAGAUUCAGGUUCAUUUGAUUCUAACAUCCCAGCACAUUCACCAAAUACUACAGCAACAACUUCUGAAAUGACACCAAUAAUGCAAAAUGACAAUGGUUUCUCAUCACCUUAUAACAUUGCAUCUGGUUUCAUUUCACCAAAAUCUACACCAUCAUCAGCUAAUCCAAGUCCGAUUGAUACUGAGUUCAAGAGUAAACCAUAUAGCGCUGGUGCAAUCCGUCAUCCAAGUCAAAGAGUUGCUUCUUCUGCUUCUGCUGCCGCUGCUGCUGCUGUUGCACAUGCCGGUAAACAAAGAUCCAGUGAACCUUCCAAUAGAAUUUGA